AAUACAAAAUGGAAAAGUCUCUUCAGUUAUUUGCAAUACUUUUAAUAAGUUUUAUACAAAUUCAGUCAAUUUAUUCUAUUGACAAUUUAUAUACAUCGAACCGUAAUAAUAUCUAUUAUAUGGAUAAUGAAUUAAAGUACACUUGGUUUAAUGCUUUGGCCAAAUGCAAUAGCAUGAACAUGAGUUUGGUCACAAUUGAUACGAAGGAGAAAUCUGACGAGAUCACAGACUUAAUGAAAAAUACAUUUGCGAAAGUAAAUCCUUUGUGGAUAGGCGGUGUUGCUAUAGGCAGUGAUCAUCAUUAUGUUUGGAUUUCAACCGGCCGCAAAUUCACUUUCACCAAUUGGGCUGCUGGAGAACCAAGUUAUUCUUCCGAAACCGAACUUUGCCUUUUAAAUGGUUGGUCAGAUAAAAUGCUGUGGAACGAUCAUCAAUGUCACAAAAAUUAUGGUGUAAUGUGUGAGUAUGGUAAGGACUAUAAUAGGGUGCAGGAAAUGAAAACAAAAUUACAGGAUGAAUUGGAUAAGGAACAAAAUCUUCAAACCGAAUUGGAUAAGAAACAGUUAAUGCUGCAGUUGUUGCUGGAUUAUAGGACUUCUCGUGGCAAUAACGACGAGGGACGUAAUACAAGGCAUGACUUACAUGUGAAAGUUAAUUAAAAUGCUUAAGAUAUUUAUAAAGAUACUUAAAACAAAAAAUAUGAAACUUUAAAGAGUUUGAAAAUAAAAUGUAUUAGUUUA